AUGACGCCGGCCUCAUCGGACGCUGACCGGGUCAACAAGCGGCUCUGCUAUCUUCCUCAUCACGGCGUGAUGCGGGAAGCUAGCUCCACGACCAAGCUGCGGGUCGUGUUUAAUGGCUCGUCAAGAUUGCCGUCGGGAGAGACCCUCAAUCAGCACCUGCAAGUCGGACCGAACCUACUACCAGCGCUUGCUGAUAUUCUGCUGCGGUGGCGUCGUCAUCGAUAUGCCAUUGCCUCGGACAUCGAAAAAAUGUAUAGGCAGAUCGACGUCCACCCUCAGGAUCGCGACCUGCAAAGGAUUGUGUGGCGUGAAGGUAAAGAUAUGGACAUCAAGGAGUUCCAACUGAACACCGUGACUUACGGGUUGGCGUGCGCUCCCUAUUUGGCGAUUCGCACUCUCCGACAACUCGCGGAUGACGAAGCCUCCAGGUGGCCCCUCGGUGCGGACGUCCUUCGACGGGACGUCUACAUGGACGACGUCCUGACGGGGGCACCAACCGUUGCUGAGACUGAGGAGAUCCAGCAGCAACUCACGCAGAUCUGCAGGGCGGGCGGUUUCCCGCUGAAGAAGUGGUCGGCCAACCAUUCGUCAUUGCUCGAGAGUCUGCCAGCGGAGGACCUUCUACAGCGGGAGCCCCGGUGGUGGCAACCAGGUGAGAGCCACGCUACCUUGGGCCUCAGAUGGCACCCGCACAAUGACAACUUCGCCUUCUCGACGCCAACGAUGCGGCUGGACAGGAUAUCUAAAAGGACAGUCCUGUCACUAACGGCCAAGUUAUUUGACCCGAUGGGAUGGCUCGCACCCACCACGGUGCGAGCCAAGAUACUUAUACAGUCGACGUGGUUACUGGGAGUCGACUGGGACACACCGCUCCCCGACGGCGACGCUCAGCGGUGGCUGGAGUUCCAGGCGGAGCUACCUCUGUUGGAGAGCAUCCGCGUUCCCCGCUGGCUGAAUAGCGGAACUGGCUGCCGGAGGGAAAUCCAUGGCUUCGCCGACGCAUCUGAAAGAGCCUACGCCGCAGUCGCUUAUCUGCGGACAGAGGAUCGGGAAGGACGUGUAGAGGUCGCGCUAGUUACCGCGAAAACCAAGGUAGCGCCGCUAAAGCAGAUAACUCUACCACGUUUAGAACUUUGUGCAGCAACGCUGCUCGCUCGGCUCAUCAGUCACAUCCGUCACGUCCUGGAAGCAACGGAGGUGCCCCUUCACCUCUGGUCGGACUCUACCGUAGCUCUAGGAUGGAUCCGUGGACACCCGACUUCUUGA